AUGGCACCAGGAAAGACACGGACAUUGAAACCUGGGGUGUAUGCCCCGUUACCUACCUUUUUCGACGAUAAUCAGGAACUCGAUUAUGGCAGCUACAAGAAACAUUUGCUCAACCUUGCCACGAGGGGAAUGGUCCCCGUAUGUGCCGGCUCCCUAGGAGAGGCAGUUCACUUGAGCUUUGAUGAACGAACCUCCUUAAUCCGCUUCAUCCGCGCCACGCUGGACGAGGCCGGUCUGAACGAAACCCCCAUCAUAGCUGGUGUCGGAGGCCUCAGCACACGCGAAACCAUCACUCUGGCCCGCGCAGCCGCAGAAGCAGGAGCCGACGCCGGCAUGGUAAUUCUCCCCGCCUACUACGCCGCCAGUCUCAAUACCGACCAUAGCCAAAUCAUCCAAUACUAUGUCGACAUCUGCGACGCAUCUCCCAUCCCAAUCCUCCUCUACAACUUCCCCUCGAACGCCGGCGGCCUCGACAUGUCCUCCUCCACCAUCCAAUCCAUAAUGGAACGAUCCCCGAACCUCUGCGGACAUCCCAAACUCCUCCGACUAACAUCCGCCCUAAAAGCCAACCCGGAACUCAACGCCUCCCGUGCAUUCCCCUUUCUACUCCUCGACGGGCUCAUUGCAGACCUAACACCGUGGAUGCAAUCAGGCGGACACGGGACCGUAAGCGGGAUACCGAAUUUCGCACCUGCCACGGCAAUGAGGCUUUGGGAGUUGGUUAACCUUAAGGAGCCGAGUGGGGAAGAAGUAAUUGAGAGGGAGAGAUUGCAGGGUGUGGUGGGGAGGGCGGAUGUGGUUGCUUAUGUGUUGAAUAAGGUGCAUGGGUAUGGGAAGGAUCCGAGGAGACCGUUGUUGCCGUUGGGAGAGGAUGAAGGGGAGGAGUUUCUGGGUGCGCUGGGGGAGUUGUUGGAGGUGGAGAGGGAGAUUAGUGCUCGUGGAUAG